AUGCGCACUUCCGCAACCAUAUGGGCGGCCUCUAUGGCCCUGGUGUCCCUUUACGGCCCACUGUUAACUACCGCGGAGGCUGCUCCUGCACCAACACAACAGGGACAGCAGCCGCGUUACUAUUUUCCACGACACGUAAAGAGGCAGAUUGUUACGAAUACCACCGAGCCCGCAGCACCGACUACCUCCGAGACGAGCUCUUCCAUUCCACCACCUCCAGAGACUUGGGAAACAACGAAUCUCCAGUCGCUGAUUGAGAGCUUGAUGAGCGAAGGAUACGUAGCCGCAAGUUCAGCUCCGCCAGUGGUACCCGAGAUCACAACCCCCAGUCCUCCAGUUUCCGCAUUGCCGACCGCCGAACCUCCUCCAGUGGAAGUGACGACAACAAUAAUAACUCAGAUUACUGUGACCGAAGUUCCUUCCACGCCAACCCCCGAGGCGCCGCCACCACCACCGAGCAGCUUAAACGCCACGACUGAGAUCACAGCCUCGACGCCUGAGCAAGUCCUACCACCAUCAAGCAGUCCAGCUGUCAUUCCAACGUCGCUCCCCUUUGUUCCUGCGGAAAGCGCACCGGUUUCUGUCCCACUGGGCACCGCUCCGUCGAGCAUAGCGACAACAAGCUCCACUCAGGAACCUCGGCCUGCUCCCAUUCCUACCUUCGAGACGUCCGCCGAGUUACCCUCGUCGGCUAUUCUACCUACGAAUGCUUCGUCGAGUGCAACCGUUGAAGUGAGCUCGUCUACUGACGUAUCUUCAUCCGUCGUUAUGUCCACCCCAGCUACCACAGAUGGGGUCGUUGGGCCGACCGGCAGACUCCCAGAGACCAUCAUCCUACCGACACCAAGUGCGUCUCAGGAGAGUGUUUCGUCGUCAGCAGGGUUUCCAGAAACCGUGGUACCGCCAACCUCGACUUCCACCGCGGCAGUUGCCUCUACCGGUGGUUUACCUGAGACCAUCGUACAGCCCACAUCGGCUGUUAUGAGUGCGAUUGGGUCUACAGGUGGAAUUCCGGAGACGAUCAUUCAGCCUACAACGUCCACCACAGCAGAAGCCGUUGCGUCAACUGGAGGGCUUCCAGAAGUCAUUCUGCAGCCCACUUCGACCACGACAGAUGGAUUCGUUGCCUCAACUGGGGGGCUCCCAGAAACGAUCAUUCAGCCAACAACAUCAAGUGCGUCAGUCGUAGAUUCGACUGAAGGGCUUCCGGCAACUAUAGUCCAGCCUACGCCAGCUAACACAAGCGUCGUUGCUUCUACGGGGGGCUUUCCAGAGACAAUAGUCUUGCCGACCUCUUCGACCAGUGGAGAUUUUGCCGCAUCGACUGGAGGACUUCCAGAGGUUAUCGUUCAACCCACGACGACGAGCACAGAAGGCGUUGCUUCGACUGGAGGGCUUCCGGAGGUCAUUGUAUUGCCGACUUCUACCAACUCGGAAGCAUCUAGUGCCACCAGCUCAGCAGGCGACAGCUUCAACUCCGCGACGUCGGUGUCGCCUUCUGUGGCUUUCCGAGUCGGCCCUACCGGAGCCUCGCCGUCCAGCAUUAUCCAACCCACAAGCACGGUCGUUAGUUCGUCCGCUCCUACUCCGACCUCGACUUCGGCUACAGGCAUCAUCCUGGGGCUUUCCACGGUCAUUGAGGGUACUUCGACUCCAACCACAACCGCAGAGUCUCCAGCAACCUCCCUACCGAGCAGUUCGAACUCCUCGUCUGUCGAUGGCAUUACUGGUCCGGCUACAGGCGCGAGCUCAACCACCACCGCCGCUGUGAUCCCUCUUGCCCCUGAGGCCAGCUCGGUAGUUUCUGCAACUCUAUCGGAACUUACAUCAGCUACUUCUUCCGUAGUGGCCACUUCAGCGACCGAAGCCAGCCUGGUUGCAUCUGGAAGCCUACAGCCCACUUCGGUGGUGAGUUCAACUGAGAGCACCACUCCUGAGUUUAGGGUUGCACCGAGCACGAGCGACACUGCUGUGGCUCCUGUCCCAUUAGUCACCGAGCAGAGCAGUGUGGUUAUCACUACUUCAGCUGCUGCGACUACAGAGCCUGCUUCCAUCACAACCAAUGCGUCGACCUCCGGCGUGACCCCGAUCGUACCUCUGCCAGUAACUACGGAUGCUUCGGCGAUAGUCUCGUCGAUUGGGUCUGAGCUGACAAGUGCAAUCUCUGAGGCUGCUUCGGCGCUUACUUCCGAUCUGUCAAGCAUAGCCGCAACUGCUACUACAGAGGUUCCGGCCACCGUUACUUCGGCUCUUGUCAGCAGCGCCGCGUCCUAUCUUGCAUCGUCUGUCGCGUCGGAAAUUUCUAGCAUUGCCGCCACAGCUACCGACCCUGCGCUGUCCUCGGAGCUUGCGUCGCAAGCAUCUAGCAUCUUGUCCAAUGCGGGAUCAUCAAUUGCUACUGGACUAUCCAGUGAAGCUUCGAGCUCGGCAGCUGAGGUGUCUCCAUCAACGACGGCUCCGGUCGAGACAGGAGUUCCUCCGGCGACAACUACUGCUCCGCUCGAAUCCGCUCUCCAAACUACGGCAUCUGGGAUCUCCAGCGUAGUCUCCGAGACGAACACUGCCACUGUCGUUCCUCCAGCAGUUACUUCAAAUCUCUCAUCAGUUGCGCCUGAGCUCUCUUCGGCAGCCUCGCAGGUUGCUUCGGUAAGCCCAACUGAAGCAACCACUGCCAUAGCGAUUCCUCCGCCAGUCACUUCAGAUCUCUCUUCAAUUGCUUCCGAGAUUUCUUCUGUAGCGUCGCAGGUUCUGUCUGCAACUCUCACUGAAGCGACAGCCACGGGCAUACCCAUGACCUCGGAUGUCUCUUCAGUCGCGUUGGAACUUUCUUCGGUAGCCUCACAAGUAUCGUCUGCACCUCCCACCGAACCAUCAGCCACUGGAGUACCUGUGAAUACAGACUUGUCUUCGGCUAUCCCUGACGUUUCUUCGGUUGUAUCGCAGGUUCCUUCAGAAACCCCUACUUCGGUCGUAGCUACCGCGGUUCCUGUAACUUCUGACAUCUCGUCUGUACCUACUGAUGUUUCUUCACCUGCGCCUUCUGCUACGGGGGUCGAUUCUGUCCCGCCUACCAGCCAGGCUGCUGAAACCUAUCCACCGGCGACUUCGGAUGCUUCCUCAAUCGUCUCAGAGGCUACUUCGAUCCCUGUCACAUCUGAUAUACCCUCAGUCGCGCCAGAGCCAACUACUCCUCCAGUCACCUCGGACGUCUCAUCAAUCAUCUCGGAGGCGACUUCAGUUCCUGCCACCUCAGAUGUUCCCUCAGUUGCGCCAGAACCAACUUCUCUUCCAGUCACGUCGGAUGUUUCUUCGGUACCCUCAGAAGCUACUUCUGUUCCUGUCACCUCUGACAUUUCUUCGGCUGCACCAGAGCCUACUUCUCUUCCGGUCACCUCCGAAACCGCAGAGACAUCGAGCCCUGUUACUUCAGAGCUUCCUUCGACAACGGCUCCUGUGACAAGCGAUGUGACCGCGCCGGUAGAAACGUCGACUUCACCCGAAGCAACAAGCGAGGUCCCUACUUCAACGGCGCCGACCAGUCUCCCAGCAGAGCCGACAACUUCAGCCGUCGAGACCAGCAGCGUCCCUCCAACCUCCGAGCCCUCUGGAUACGCAUCAUCCACUGCUACAACGGAGAUUAGCGAAGCUCCAGUUAGCACGGAUGCCUCGAGUGCGGCCACUUCAAACGCCAGCUUGACGGUCACUAGCGCUGCGGCUGCUACUUCGGAAGCGACCACUCCGAGCGCGGUUUCUUCGGAGAGCUCCACAGCUGUCGUCCCGGUUGUACCCAUUGAAACCAGCACUGCUCCAGCCACGACAUCUGUUCCGCCAGCAACCACGACUGUCCCACCUCAGACCAUCGAGCCUACUGCCACCAACACGUUGACAUCCCAGAUCAUCCCAUCGAGCAUCAUGCAAGAACCCACAACGCGACCAUCCACCACCGCCACUGAAAGCGGCAUUCCGUCUAGCAUGCCACGGAUCAUCCAGCCACCAGGCGGCAGCCCUGCAACAACGCCAGAGAACACGGUCCUCGUCCAAGUCGGCUUCAACUACGGUCUAAACUACCCCUUCGUAGCCGGGACCGCGCAAUCCGCCAACCAGAUCUUCCAGUAUCUCCCGCAGGGUGUGUCAGCGGGCCUCAACCUCCCGGCCGACAAGAUUCAGAUGCGUGCCCUCGAGCCCUACGACACGACCGCGGACCUUGGCUAUAUCACCACCCUCGCGCAGUUCUACAUCCCCCAGAACCUGUUCAGCCAGCUCCAACUCGAUAUCCGCACUCCAAUCUCAGGCCUCUACACCGCAAGCGAAGACGUGGCCGUCCACACGCUCAUGAGCCUGAUCAACCCAACCAUCCCGCUCAUGGUCUCCGACCUGAACCCGUCCGCCGCGUCCGCCGCGUCGAACCAGGCUGCAGCUACCUCGGCCGCAGCUAACGACGCAGCGCCCCUAGGCGGCGGUGCCCAGACCUCCAGCCCGGUGAAGGGAUCCUCCGUCGUCAUCGCAAUUGCGGCCAUCGGAGGCGUCAGCGCGUAUGGCGCGGCCAUGUUCUUCGUGGCGAGGCGGUACAGGAGGAAGCAUCUACGGCAUUCGCGGUCGAGCUCGGUGCCGAGUACGGGCGCUAUGAGCCACACCGGCGCAGGCGUGUUUAUGAGCGGUGCGAGGGGCGGGCCGAGGAGCUUGGAGGGGAGGAGUGGCGGGAGUAGGGAGAGUGGCAGCAGUAAUGGACGGAGCGUCCGAACACAAGUCAUCUCGGCGCCGGUGGCGCAGGAGAACAGCUUGGGGUGGAAUUGA